GAGGGCCCUUAGACUGAAAGGAAUCAUUCCGGAAUUGCAGCAAACAACAGCACCACCUCAAUAGCACCCCACAACGACAGUACAGAACUACCUCUAAGCAAUGAAGUUGGACGCUAAAGUACUUCGGUACAUGACCCCUGAGGACUUUCGAGUCUUGGUCGCUACCGAAAUGGGAUCUAAGAACCACGAGGUUGUUCCCUCGACUAUUAUCUCACAGAUUGCCAAGCUGCGCCAUGGAGGAGUACAUAAGGUCUUGAGUGAGCUGGCCAGACGUAACUUGGUUGCAAAGGUUCAACAUAUCAAAUAUGAUGGAUAUCGAUUGACAUAUGGAGGAUACGACUACUUGGCGCUCAGGACGUUCUGUCAGAGAAACAGUGUCUACUCCGUUGGAAACCAGAUCGGCGUCGGAAAGGAGUCAGAUAUUUAUAUUGUUGCAAACGAAGAAGAACGCCAAAUGGUCCUCAAAAUUCAAAGACUGGGUCGUGUGAGUUUUAGGACAAUCAAGUCCAAGCGAGACUACCUCAAGAACCGCAAAUCAGCAUCGUGGAUGUACAUGUCAAAACUGGCCGCUGAAAAGGAGUACGCCUUCAUGAAGGUCCUGCACGAACACGGAUUUCCAGUACCAGAACCUAUCGACCAAAGCCGCCAUUGUAUCGUCAUGGAGCUCAUCGACGCCUUCCCACUUCGGCAGAUUACCGAAGUCGCGGACCCCGGAAAGCUGUACUCAAAUCUUAUGAACCUGAUCGUCAAACUGGCCAGCUACGGAUUGAUCCACGGAGAUUUCAACGAAUUCAAUAUUUUGAUCCGUGAGAAUGGCGAUGCCAUAUUGAUUGAUUUUCCACAAAUGGUUUCCAUCGACCACCCAAACGCAGAGUUCUAUUUCAACAGGGACGUCGAGUGUAUCAGAGUCUUCUUCAAAAGGCGAUUCCAGUACGAGAGUCUGUUAUACCCCAAGUUUAAGCUGGAUACAGAGCGGCAGUUCUCGCUCGAUGUUCAGGUCGCAGCCAGUGGAUUCACAAAGGAGAAGCAGAUGGAGUUGGAGAAAUUUCAGGAAGAGGAGGGACAGUUGGCACAGGAGUUGGGUGAGGACGCUUUUCAUCGGUCGGACGAUGACGAACUGGAAGAUGAGUCAGAAGAGGAGUCUGGAGAGGAAUCCGAGGAGGAGGAAUCUGGAGACGAGGCAGAUGAGCAGGCACAAGCGGCAGAGGACCUGCCAGUAUCUAUCGGAAAGCUGUCCUUAGCAAAUCUCUCACAGCUGGACGAGCAAUCCGAAAGCAACUCGCGCAAUAACGGCAACCCCAACAGUAGCGGCGAGGAUGAGGACGAGGAGAACGAUUCUGUGGGUUCUCUGGGCGAUGCGAUCAAUAACCGUGCUUUUAAGGCAUAUCGCGACGUCAAGCCCAAGGUGGCAGACUCAGUUGCAGGAUCAACGCGUAGCAGAGCAACAAAAUCAUCUGGUCCCAUGUCUACAGAAGAGAUUAAAGCCCGUGUGGCCCAGAAUCUAAAGUCAAGCUCGAGGGUCAAGUUCUCGUCCAAGCAGAACCACACAAAAGGCACAGACAAGCGGAACAGGAGGCAGAAGGCAGGCGACAUGGCACAUAUCAAGCAUGGCUCAGAGUACUAAGGCGAAGGGGAGGGUGUUCGAUAUACGCCUCAUUUGCAGUGCGUCCCUACCACCUGUCUCUCUUGGGGGACCUAGGAUCGUUUUGUCUACUCGCUUCAUAUAAUUCUUCAUUCUUUGUCCAUCGUCGCACUUUAACUGCGACACUGCAUUGGUUCAUCGCAUUCACACCUUCAUUUGUCGUAUAAAAUAAAUUCCAGCCAUAUCUUCCAGAUUUGGG